AUGGCGCCACCAAGCCCAGCCCCCGCCGCGGCGCUCUUCCUCGCCGCGCUCCUCGUCCUCUCCGCCUCCCCGGCGUCCGCGGCGAGGCCGCGCUCCUCCUCCAAGGUGGCAGCCGGGCCGCACGACAUCCCGGCCGUGUUCGCAUUCGGCGACUCCACGCUGGACCCGGGCAACAACAACCGGCUGUUCACGGUGGUGCGCGCCGAUCACGCGCCCUACGGCCGCGCCUUCCCGGCCGGCGUGCCCCCCUCGGGCCGCUUCUCGGACGGCAAGCUCAUCACCGACUACAUCGUCGCCGCGCUCGGCAUCAAGGACCUGCUCCCGGCGUACCACGCCAGCGGGGUCACCCACGCCGACGCCACCACCGGGGCCAGCUUCGCGUCCGGCGGGUCCGGCCUCGACGACAUCACCGCGCACGCCGUCAUGGUCUCCACCUUCUCGUCCCAGAUCGCCGACUUCCAGCAGCUCCUCUCCCGCAUCGGCGAGCCCCAGGCCACCGACAUCGCCGCCAAGUCCCUCUUCAUCCUCUCCGCCGGCACCAACGACGUGACAAUGAACUACUACGACCUGCCGUUCCGCGCCCUCCAGUACCCCACCAUCGACGCCUACCAUGACUACCUCAUCAGCUGCUACCAGUCCUACAUCCAGAGCCUGUACAAGCUGGGGGCGAGGAGGUUCAUCGUGGCGGGGAUGCCGCCGGUGGGGUGCCUGCCGAUGCAGAAGAGCCUGAGAGGGCAGCAGCCGCCGCUGGGGCACGGGUGCGUGGACCUGCAGAACGAGGAGGUGCAGCGGUACAACGCCAAGCUGCAGCAGGCGCUGGCGGCGCUGGAGGCGGCGAGCGCCGGCGCCAGCAUCUCGUACGUGGACACGUACGCGCCGCUCAUGGACAUGGUGGCGCAGCCCAACAAGUACGGGUUCACGCAGACGGGGCAGGGGUGCUGCGGCACGGGGCUGCUGGAGAUGGGGGCCAUGUGCACCGGCCUGCUGCCGCAGUGCAAGUCGCCGGCGCAGUACAUGUUCUUCGACGCCGUGCACCCCACGCAGGCCGCCUACAAGGCCGUUGCCGGCCAGAUCAUCAAGACCCACAUCGCGCAGUUUAAAAACUAGUGAGAUGUGAGUUCUAGUUCUGCAGCUUCGGCUGCGCACGUAGAUGAUAGAGGAAUUAAGCUCGUAGAUAGAGUAGAUACAGGAUUGCUACCAGAGUAGAUUAGAUAUUACUACAGUUCAGUCGAAUGUCCUUCAGACAUACAGAUAGUAUCACUAAAUUGGUUUGGCACUUUACUGUGAUUAUUCAGAUAGAGUUUAGACUUCAGAUCAGCUUCUAGUCAUAAUAGCAGAUUGGAUUGGUUCA